GUACGUUUGCUGUUUCUAUUUCAUUGUAGGUAGUCGUUUGUCUCUUCUCGAGUCUUCCUACUUUGUACUUUAUAUUUCCCCGUUCCACUGUCUGUAUAUCAAACUUCUUCUCUGUCAAACUCGCUCCUUCCUCCAUGUUCGAUAUACAGCUAUUCCAGCGAAACAUACGAGCCGCUCCUUCCCUCAGCCCAACCAUCACAAACCCAAUCCAAUACAUUUCUUUACAACCAGCUUCUUCCGAAUAUUUUUGUCUCCCAACUCGCAUCUACUAACAUUCUUAUCAUACAUCUAUCUAUCCAAUAUCAAUUGAUCCUUUGCAUCGCCUUACUAUCGCAUCGCGCGUCCUCACACUCACUAACAACAAACAAACAAACAAACAAACAUUCAUUUGUUCAUUAUCACGCAGCACGCACCACGCACCACAGUCGCUCUAUCAUUCAUUGUCGUAUCUUUCUUCAUUGGUGGAGUUGUUUUGGAUAAGCGACCAGCGUAUUCAUCCACUCAUACAUAGCAGCCGAUAUCGAGGUCUGAGUUCUGGGCAUUCGUCACCAUUGCUUGAGGGCAAGUCUGGAUCGGAGAAUAGAAGGGAGAACGGCGGGAUAGAAUUCUGGCUGUCCGGGGAUAGGGUUCGGUAAAGAUUGUGGAGGAGGGGAAGAGUCUGACGCCUAUUCGGAGGUAUAGAAAGAACGAGAAGUCAAAAGGGAUACUGUACAGCAAGGAAGGGAGGAGAACAACUUGAGUUGAAGCUCGCUCGCGGACGAAAACAUGGCGGGAUUCGACCCUCUGGCGGAAGAGUUUGAACCUUCUGGAGCCGUGGUUUUAUGGAAUGGUCAUCGGGAUGACCCUCCUGCUAGAGCUGCUUACCCAGGAUUACCACCCGACGCAGUACCUGCACACCUCAAUGGGCUUCCAGGUAUCAAUGAAAACGAUUUUCGUGGAAACCCAAUAAAUGGCAACCUAUAUCAGAUUGUCAAGCUCAAAGAAGAAACUCCUCGCAGCACCCGUGUCUAUGUCGUUCAUGAUAUUUCUCGCCAGGAGGAGCUCGCUCUCAAAACCAUCAGCGAUUAUGAUCGACAAAGCAAAAUGAUCUGGGGUCAGAAGAAACAGAAAUGCAGAAUCCGACAGGAAGUGUGGAUACACAAUCGAGUUAACCAUCAUAGAAACAUCUGCACAUUACAUGCAGUGUUUCAGUAUACCCCUGUGGGCCAUUUAUUGAUGGAACUUUGCAAGACGGACCUGCAAGCACUGAUUGAGCAGUCUUGCCGACAACCCGUAAACCUCAACAUUAAGAAGCUCUUUCUGGAUACCAUCGAUGGUGUCAUGCAUUGUCAUCAGCUGAAUGUGGCUCAUAGACACCUGAACCCUCGUAAUGUCGGUAUCAUUUUCGAUGCCAAAUACAACGAAGAUAAAGCCGUACUGCUUGAUUUUGGCGAGGCUGUCAGUGGUCUGAUAUCGAAGCAUUGCCUUGACCUAGAUGUAGAUUGCUAUACGGCUCCUGAGCUACACCAAAGGCGAGAAGGCGAGACUCCUACAUACAACUGGGCUGCAGCAGAUAUUUGGUCACUCGGCGUCAUACUUUUCUACAUGUGUACUGCUUCGAAACCCUUCGAUGACAGUAUGACCCUAUUGGGACCUUACAGACAAGGCCAGCCAUUGCAGUCCCGAUUUCCCCAAAUUUCAGAUAAAUUGGAGGCAAUUUUUCGAGAAAUCUUCAUGCACAAUCCCAACAACAGAGUUCCGCUGGGCAAACUGAAAUUGACGAUUCUUAAAUGUAAAAAUUUCUUUUCUGUCAGUUACCGGGGGUCUCAAUUGACUGGCACCCUGGGCAAUCGAAAUCAGGAUUUGUUGCGGAAUCAACGAGUCGAUCAAAGAGAUGAUGUACAUGAUGACUUUUAUGGAGGGCUAUCGGACACUCCAUUGGCACUCCCUGCGCCUCCAUCCCGACCACAACUCACUUGGCCAUUUCAGCCAGAUGAACGAGACCAGCCAGUACAGAGACCAAAAGCGCCUGGCUCGGCUCUACCAGCACCAGCUGGGGUUAUUGCAGCUCAAACUCUGCCUGAGCAGACUACGGAUCUUCUACCAAACAUCCUUCCCAAGCCUGUGGCUGAUCGGAUUGCGGCUGCUCAUGAGUCAGCAGAUCGGUUCUUUGAGAAUAGAAGGAAUUGGACUAGGACGUAUAGUAAUAUGGUGGAUUAUCCUAUGUCUGCUCUGCUUCCCUGGCCUCCGCAUGGCAAUGGGAAUCCUCGCCCUCCGAUUACUCCUAUGUUGAUGCCCCCUCAACCUUCUUGGCCCGAUUCCAUACCUCCGCCGAUGCCUGCAUACGGCAGUUCGGGUCAGAUUGUCCCAUUUCAAGAUAUACCUGCUCAGAACAUGCCAGCCAUCCCUGCUCAGGGUAUGCCUGCUCAGAAUAUACCCACGCCGAACCCCAUGAAUAUGCCUCCGUGGCAGCCAGAACAACCUCGUGUAUUUAGACCACCACGACAAAGAAGACCAGAGCAAGACGUACCCGUACCAAACUCGAACGCGAUGGUUCGGAAUGCUUCGAAUCCGAUUAUGCCAAGUCAGAGUAUGCUUUUGGGGAAUGGCAAUUCUCGGAAUCCACGACCACAGUCUACGCCAGCUCAGAAUGUGCCAGUUCCGAUUGGCCCUGCUCAAAACACCGUUGGUGCACAUUUGCCUUUGAAUACUUUUCUGAAUGGGUCAUCGCGAGUAUAUCCUGGUGGCGAGCGAGCAGGUCCACCAGGGCUACUAGAUCCAUUAAGUCGGCCAUCUCGUCCACCACCACCGCCAUGAGGCGAUGGUUUGUCUUUAGGUGGGGAAGGAGUGCGUGAUGUUUUGUUGUCACUCCUAACGGCUUCUGGAACUUUCACAUCAGCAAUUCAGGCGUGGUUUUCGACGCCUUGGGUUGAGAUCUUGGCCUGGUCGUUGCAUAUGUAUGUGGAUAUGAAACGUAGGAUUAGGUCUGAUGGAGCUAUGGACAGCGAAGUAGUAUGAGGUGGUAUGAUUUGGGUUACCAGCGUUUAGCACCACUUGAAGUAUGCAUAGCAGAUUAGCGAGCGUCACUUGAAUACAAAUAUUCCGAAUUCCUACAGCAUGCAAACAACUCCCUACCUCUUUUAAGUCCAGCCAAAACGACUCAAAUACAUUGACAGUAGGGAGUCUAGCCCCUAUUCCAAAUCAAAACAAUGUAUUGCUGAUUAUGUAACCUCCCAAGCGAGAUUUCCAAGCAUGAAUGACCCCGCCGAAUCUUCCAGCGGCUGGCGGCGGCGAAGACGAGACCCCGCCAUUUUGUUUGGACGUCACUCCUUCAUCAUCGUACAUAAAGCACACAUCCUACGACCACAGCAUUCCCCCCUUCUGCCAAUAUUAGAAAUUUAUACCAAUCCAGCGACCAGAUAUCUCGACGUCCCAACUGAAUUCCGCAGAUUGUCGACAAUCAGAACAUCAGAACGCAGGAAGAGAAGGCAGGACACAAAACGAACCCCGCCACGUCCGCAUCCACUACACGACACACGUCCAACAGCCAGCAGAUAGGGAGACGCAGGCAGACAGAUAGAGAAAAUAGAUAGAGAAGAUACGGGUAGAACGACACGAAAAUGCUCGAAAUAACCUCCCUCUCACACUUCAACGCCCUCAAAUCCUCCUCUUCCCUCCUCAUAAUCGAUUUCUACGCUACCUGGUGCGGACCGUGUAAGGUUAUCUCGCCGGUGUUUUCAAGACUUGCGACGCAGCAUGGCUCCUCUGGAAUCGUCUUCGCACAAGUAGAUGUCGACAAAGCAAAGGAUGUAGCGCAGACAUGUGGUAUAACGGCUAUGCCUACAUUCCAGUUCUUCCGCGGAGGGAAGAAGAUCGAUGAGGUGAAGGGGGCGGAUAGUCAGCAGCUGAGUACGAAGAUUGGGUGGUGGG